AUGACUGAACAAAGGCAACGUGCACUGUCGACAUCAGGAGAGGCUCUUUACCAAGUACUUGGUCUUGACAGAAACUGUACCUAUGAUGACAUCAAGAGGUCCUACAGGAAGCUUGCUUUGAAAUAUCAUCCCGACAAGAACCCUGAGAACCCAGACGCCACUGACAAAUUCAAAGAGCUCAACAAUGCACAUGCGGUUCUCUCAGACAGCACCAAAAGGAACAUUUACGACAAGUACGGCUCUUUGGGCCUGUAUGUGUCACAGCAGUUUGGGGAAGAGAAUGUGAACACGUAUUUCAUGCUCUCCAGCUGGUGGGCUAAGGGUCUGUUUGCCAUCUGUGGCUUGCUGACAGGUUGCUAUUUCUGUUGUUGUCUGUGCUGCUGUUUCAACUGCUGUUGUGGAAAGUGCAAACCCCACACACCUGGAGAAGAGGACCCCGAAUCCUACGUGUCCCCGGAAGACCUAGAGGAGCAGAUCCGUACCGACAAUGAGAGGGAUGGCGACACUCCGAUUGUGCUACAGCCAACCAAUGCUAGCGAGAAGACCCAGCUGAUUGGUGAUGGACAUAGAACGUACACCUAA